CAAGUUGAGACAUCAUCCGAGUGUUUUGUGUUCCUGUUAAGCCAGUUUUCUUACAAAAAUAAGUGCAUGGAGGAAACACAAUCUACAAUGAGUCAACCAAGUUGCAGCAACGUCAGCUUAGUUCCGGAAGAGAUGGAAACUGAUCAUCCGGAGACAGGCUCGAUAUCUCGAUUCAGAAUUCCAUGUCGCAAUUGUAUUGAAAUGACCUAUGGCUUAGAGAUAAUAACAAGCGACAUAUCCUACUUCGGAAAUAAUCUGCGAACUGUAAUAUCAGAAAGCGAAGUAUUGAUAAAAGAUUUUCUGAAAAGACAGCGCUCAGAGCGCCGGGCAGCAGCUGCCCAAAAGAAUAAAAUUUUCCAACUAGAUGAAGAAUCGAGCCUCUCUAGCAGCGAGGACGACCUUUUACUGGCGAAAACACAAGAUUUGGAUAACUGUACCAAACAGAGGACCUUUGGCCGCAGCAAGAAUAUAGAAAAACGAACAUUCGGAUCGUGGCUCAUCCUUUCAUUUAUAACUGGCGGUUGGAACUACAGCACCGUUAAGAAUUUUCUUUUGAACGAAUACGGAGUAAAAUGUACGCGAAGUAGGACAACUCCGGAAAGGCUUGCGAUGGCAGGAGUGUUCAAAGCUAUCGUUAAAUUUGAAAAUAGAGAAGAACUAAAGCAAGUAGUUAUGAGCUUAAGAGAGAGCCAAAUACAUGACAAAUUUUUAUUUUUAUCAUUCGAUAAAAGGCCAGUUUCACAUGAAUUUUCCGAAUCAGAUUCAGACGACGCGCGAUCCGGAUACUUGGUCCCGAUAUCUAAAGAAACUUAAAUUUUUGAUUAUAAUUUGAAUAUAAUUUGAAUUAUAAUUCUUAACAUGACUAUGCUAUUCGGUAACAUCAGCGAGAAUUCAAAAUAUCUCUACUAAGGAUAUAAUUUAGAACAAUAAAGUAUAAACUUGGAUAUGCGGUACUUCACUGGACACAUUACAUAGCGAAGAAAAAAGGAUUAAUCAUCAAUCAAGAGAAUUUCACCAGUCAUCGCAGAAUAAUUUCAACGUUAUAUAAAAUUGUUCUUUUAUUUUUUAUCUGUGUCGUUGUCGGUGAAAAACCACCCUAGUUUAAGUUACCCUGAAGUACACGGGGUCUAGAAUAAAUAAUAAAUGUAAAAAUAAUUCAAAAGGCGGUAUUAUUGUUAGUCUUUUGAAUCUUUAUUAUAAAAUAUACAUAUAUAAAACAUUCAAACUAUUAUGUAACAUUUUAUUGCUGCUUAUAUAUUAUUUUUGUCAACAUUCAUAAAAAUAUCUCGUAUGUCAAUUAUUUUUCGGUAAAUAUAUUUGAUGUUACUGCGGAAUAUAUCAUUCUAUAACCUAUUCCAAUGGAAGAAAGAAUAAAGAUGAACAAACCCUAAAUUUAAGUAUCCCAUGCAAUUUGAUAAUAGCUCAGAUAUAUUGUACACUACUAGUAUUUAUUUAGUAAUAUAUACUUAUAUUAUCGGGCACUAUUCUUCAUAAAUACCUAUAUCCAAUUGAAUUUUACUUACAAUAACGGCUUCGUCGCAGUUCAAAACGUCAUUUAUUCGCAAAUCCAUGAUGAAUAUCAUAGAUUACAUUCAACGUUCGACCAAUCAUAUCGCAUCGAUUCGAGGUCAAGUGUUGAUUAUUUGUCUUUUGUCCUCUUCUAAUUGGAAUAGGCUAUGUAUUAUGUUUAUAUUUUUCAUGACAAAAGUUAUUUUAUCCCAGCAAGCUUCUUCAGAUUCAUGUCGUCAUUGAGACAUUAAAAGUAGGACUUUUUUUUGGAAAAUAAUAUUUUAUAUACAUUUAAUAUGAGAUAUUAUGUUACAAAAUCUAGGAAUGGCGUACGACGUGUCAAUUACAUUUAAAGCUACGUUUCGAAUUAUUGUACCGAGAUAUUCAGAAGUUAUUCUUAUAUACACAGUUGAUGUUAGUCAUUUAUUAUUAAAUCUCUGUUAACUACGAUAUUCGCCAAGUAAUCUCAUGCGUUUUUAGUCUAUGCAGUCAAAGAUAACCUCAAUGAUCGAAGCUGGGACAAUCCUUAUUAUUACUUAUAUUAUUAUAUUUAAGCAUUUUCUGUGAUAUUUUUUCAUUUAAAUUGUGUUAAUCAGUCAUUAUCAUUGUUUUUUUGUUUAACAGUACAUGUAUUAUUUGCUAAAUAAUGCUAAAUAUUGAUUAGUAAAUGA